CUAGCACGGCCUUGUCUGUCGCGCAAAGGAGACAUGAUUCAUGUGCAUACCACACGCAUUUUUCAGCAUACCAUGUAGAGGAUCGCGAGCGGGUCAUUGGUCUUGAUAAGGAAAUUGUUGCUUACUCCAGGAUGAUCUGAACACCCACCGUUAACACACAGACAGCGCGCAUGCACAGGAGCAUCGUAUGUCGUGCCAUUGCUACCGUAGUCGUGUAUGGCCGCCGAGAAGAUCACGGUGAAGAGUUCAACCUAAGGUAUACGGCAGAAAACGAGCACGCCAAGGUAACAGUGCAGACGACGAGAGGCGGCUUGGCAAAAAUGUAUUGAAUACAUUCGUGAAGCCCUUCAAUGAUAGCGACCAGAGUUCGCCCACUGCACGGGACAAAGACAGUCUUCAUGCAGCCGUUUCUCUUUGCGUCUCCUACCUUUGCAAAACCAAUAAGCUCCGUGAACAACCUGCGAAGAUAAAAAGUGGUAGCCUCGUCCAUUGGCGAAGGGCGCUGCCAGAGAUGCAAUGUGCGGCGCUGCGACUUACGUCAGCGGCAUGCAGGCGCAUGUGAUAGGGAUUGUCUUGAUGAUAUCCCUUCUGCACUGCAAAGAGUAGCUCAUCCCACUUUUUGCAGUCAAUACAUAAUUCCUGAGCAGGCCAGCUCAUAAUUAUGACUGCCUGUCUCUUGUCGAGGCAGACCUCGAGUGCAAAGGAAGAUUGCGCCACAAAGUUGGUGAGCAGCCGCAGACAGUUGCCUCUGACUCGAAAGCAGCCAGGUCACCUUUGAAUGAACCACUGUGUGUGCAUUCUGACGUCAUACCCCGAUAGCCUGUCGCAUUCGAAUACGUCGAAUUCCCAAUCAUCGACUCCCGACAGAAUGGUGUCGUUGACUGCCGAUUCGGUCAUGCACGACAGAAUGCUCCUCGCACUGUCCCCUGACACACGGAGGGUCGUUCAACUUUGCAUCCACUGAUGUCUCUGCUCGCUUUCUUACUGGCGGAUCGCUUCUGUCCGUCUCUGUCGUUUUGCACCUGCGUCUUCGAUUUUCUGCGAUACAAAUACAGAAGAAGAUUCACGUGUUUGGCGAGGCAACGUGAGUGAGGUAGUAACCGCGCCGAUGCAUGGUGCCCCAGUGCUUGUGAGGUGGUGUCGACAAGUAGACGAGGUCUGCACCCAGGCAGAGGCUGCAUGCACACAGCGCACAUACGAGAGAAUAUUGUUGCUUGACACUCGAGGACUUACCUGCACUGUUCUCAUCGAGCCUGUCCUCAUCGAGUAUUGGCUGACAUAGCCGAUAGGUGAGACACAGACACGUGGCAGACAUUCAUGCUGCACUACGGGUGCUUUCUCACAUCAUAGAGCCGGCCUGAUGCGAGUAUGCGUAUGGCAAGAUUGACAUCAUUGGGGAGACGAUGACUCAACCGAUACUCACCCUAUACCAAGGAGGAUCGAGAGAAUCCGAUGUCAACGAAGCCAUGAUCUCUCUUAUACAUCCCCCGGCCGACCUUGACUUUGCGGAGUGUCUUAAGGACCUUCUCCAAAGGCGCUUCGUAGCACACGCCGCCUUGCUUCUUCUUUGCUAGCCCCAAUGCAAAUUCCUCUUGAAACUGAAAGAACGAGAACACAUUUCACACACACACACACACACACACAUGAGCAUUUGUCACAUACGCGUGUUGAGCAUACCUGGUUGUAUACAUGAAGGAGACGAAAUAUACGCAGCACUCCUCUCAUUCCUGAAAAUGAACAGCGGCCAUAAGACAUAUCCGUGUAUGUCUCCAUGCAACCCAGUGAGAGAGUGGCGGUACGUACGGGCAAUGCGGUCCACUAGGUCGUCCUCUACACAUGGACAGACAUCUCAAUGUGUAGACAAUAAGUCAAUACAAUCCGUCUCACCUACCCACCUAUCGUGAGCGAGCCCAAGGAGAGGAAGAAGGCCAAAAGAACACACAGGAUAUCCACAGCAUUCAGCGGCUCCAGGAAAUAAAACCGGCCGAAGGCAAAGGCCUUUAGGCUGACUUUCAGGAUGAAGAUGCAACACAGUGUGAGGUCAAUGACAUCGAGGGCAUGCAUCUGCUGCGACGUGACGACAUCGAAGACCACCAGCUGGACGAAUGUGAGAGAUAUAUAGUUGAAGACCAUGAUAAUGAUGACCUCUGCGCAGCGGAUCAAGACGGCGAGAGGCAGUUGUCCCUUCGCUCCUUACUUGCCCUCUUACUUUCACAGACAGGGUGGUCGAUCACCCAUCCGAUGUUGGCCCUCAACGUUUCGUACCUCCCUCUUGGCCUCUCGUCUUCUGAAUCACUGGUACGUGGGGGCUGCACAGUGACAGAAGACGUGAGGGCUGAGGAUGGGGCUGGCGGCACUGGCCCCAGAGGGGGAUGCAUUACCAUCUUCUCUUCAAACACUCAGAAGAUGGACCACUUUGCAGGAGAAGUGGGGGUCUCGCAAUUCUGAGAGGCGCACUUGCUUCCUUGAGAAUCACUGGUGCGUGGGGGUGCGGGAGGGCUGAGGAUGGGGCUGAGGAUGUCAGUGGUGAAGUUCCCCGUCGCGAAAUGCAAGCCACGAAGCUCUCAUGGAAGCCAGAAAGG